AUGCCGGAGAGCCGAGCGAGCCCAGAUAGCGUCAGCUUCAACGCCAGCAUCAGCGCCUGUGAGAGAGCCGGACAUUGGCAGAUGGCUUUGCAACUACUGUCAGAUAUGCCCGCGCUCAGAGCUUCCUGUGAUGACAGAAGCUUCAACACUUGCAUCAGCGCCUGCACCAAGAGUGCGCAGUGGCAGAGGGCUCUUCGGCUGUUGUGGCAAAUGUCCGCAGACCAAGUCGCAUCCGACGAGAUCAGUUUCAAUGCUUGCAUCAGCGCAUGCGGAAGAAGUGGACAUUGGCAGCUGGCCAUAUACCUUCUGUCUACAAUGCCUGAAGCACGAGUGACGCCAGAUGAGUGCACGUUCAAUGCCAGCAUGACUGCCUGUGAACAUGGCAGACAGUGGCCGAAAGCCUUGCAGCUCUUGUCCCAGAUGCCAGUGGCCCGCGUGGUGCCAGAUCAAAUCAGCUUCAGUGCGGGAAUCAGUGCGUGCGAGGACGGUGCGCAGUGGCAGCUGGCACUGAGCAUUCUAUCGGCCAUGGUUUCGGCCAAGCUUGACCCCAACGAGUUCAGCUACAAUGCUGCCAUCAGCGCAUGCGGUUGCGCGGGACAGUGGCAGGCUGCGUUGCACCUCAUCUCGGAGAUGCGUAGCUCUUGGGUUCAGCUCGACAAAAUCAGUCUGUGUGCUGAGAUCAGUGCGUGCGAGAAAGGCGGGCAAUGGCAGAUUGCUUUGUCUCUCUUGUUUGCGGUCCCUUCUUCCCGGCUGAACGUGGGCGAAAUCGGUUUCAGUGCUGGUAUCAGCGCCUGUGAGAAGCGCGGGCAAUGGCGAAAAGCUCUGCGCUUACUGCAACGGAUGCCAACAGCAACUCUCUUUCCCCAUGUAAUCAGUUGGAGUGCUAGCAUCAGUGCGUGUGAAAAAGCCGGACAAUGGCAGAAGGCUCUGGCAUUGCUCUCUGCAAUGCCUGCAGCCCAAGCUUGUCCCGACCAGUUCAGCUUCAACGCAGCCAUCAGCGCGUGCCAGAAGGGCGCCAGAUGGCAGGUGGCGCUGCUCUUGCUGUCGGCCAUGGCUGUGGCACGCGUAUGGCCGGACACGAUGAGCUUCAAUGCGGGCAUCAGUGCAUGUGAGAAGGGCGGGCAGUGGGAGAUGGCCCUACACCUCAUGUUUCUCAUGCCGAGAGCGACAGUUCAGGCGAACGAGAUUUCCUGGAACUCCGUUAUGAGCGCCUGUGGCAAGCUGCGGGAAUGGCAGCUGGCGUUGCACUUCUUGGCGGCUAUGCCCACUGAGGGCCUGGUACCUGAUGAGAUCAGCUUCAAUGCCGGCCUCAGCGCCUGCGAGCGAACUGGGCAGUGGGCGGUCGCCUUGCAUGUGUUCACAGAGAUGCAGGCAACUGGGGUGGUGCCGGAUCAGACUAGCUUCAGCACGUUUAUCAGUGCAUGCGUGAGGGGUGGCCAAUGGCGGUGGGCAUUGCAUGUGUUGUUGGAAAUGCCAGCUGUGAGGUGUGUGCCUGACCAAGUCAGCCUCACUGCCGGCAUAAGCGCCAGCGAGCAGGGAGGACAAUGGCAGUUGGCGUUGCUUUUGAUGUCGGACCUGUUGAAGAGUAGGCUCUUGCCCGAUGAGAUUAGCAUCAGUGCGGGCAUGAGCGCUUGCGAGACAGCUGGCCAGUGGCAAGUAGCAUUGCUGCUGCUGGCGUUGAUGCCUACAUUCAGGCUCAUGGCUGGUCUGGUCAGCUUCAACUCUGCCAUUGGCGCCUGUCAGAAGGGCGGACAGUGGCUGAUGGUGAUGCAGUUGCUGGGGCGCAUGUCCGAAGCCCAGCUGAGGCCGGAUGUCCUUUCCUUGCACGUGGCGGUGGGAGCAUGUGGCGCAAGCUGCUUGUGGAGUCCUACUGCACGCUUUCUCGGGGAGUUGAAUUCAGCCGCCAUGUCAGGGGUGCAAUGGCUCGCUGCAGAGAAAAGCUGGUCUGCGUUCUGGGGUGCUUACUUCGGAGCAAUGGAGUCCUUUUAG